UGUGGGUGUAAAAGAUAAACACUCGGAGCCAUUUUUGUUUAUAUGUAGCUAAGCGCUAGCUCCAUGUUAGCAUGAGUUUACAACACAGUGGCGAAGGGAAAAUGUUUUUACGGUUUACUUAAAAGAUGGCGCUGUUAUUUUCUUCCAGACAUGAGAGAACCGAAAUGUCACUUAGCAAUACCUGCUGAAUUUAGCUUCUAUAGAGACGGUUGUUGCUGGUGUUAAAUGUGGCUACCAUGGUAGGGUAGUUACCGUGACAGAUCGAGAGUUCAGCAGAAAACUGGUUCUAGGAUCUUAAAUCUUUUCAAUUUGGGAUUUACAAGUUUUCCAUCGCUUCCAAAAUGAACCUGUCACCCGAGUGGGAAGACGACGAUCGGAUGAACUUCAUGUUCUCUGCGUUCAAAGAGAACCGAGAUGUGAACACCACAGACUGGGACAGCAAGAUGGACUUCUGGACAGCUGCGAUCAUCCAGAGCUGCAGACAGCGAGGCUCCGUCAGCAUCAACCUCCAGGAUCUCAACAAAACCUUCCAAAGGAAGGAGAAAAUACCGCUGGGCCUCUCCACUGUAAUCCAGACCAUGGCCAGGUGUGGGAAGAUCCAAAGAGAGUCAGAGUUUGCUGCCAGCGUGGACUGUGGUUGGGUGUCCUGGAGUGUGGGCAUGCUGCUGGUGAAACCACUCAAGUGGACCUUCUCCACGCUCCUGGGGAGCAACAGGGUGCCACUGGAGGAGUCCUUUGUCAUCUUUGAACUAAUAAAGGAGAAAGCAGCAGAGCUACUAAAGGUCUACCAAAACAGCGAAUUUUCCAGCUGCUGCGUUGUUUCGUUUCAAGAACUGUGCACUCUCUCCUCGGACAUCUGUGCUGAUGAAAGCACCCUGUGCAUGGCUCUGCUGCAGCUGCAAAAGGACAAGCAAGUCAUAGUUUCCUUACACGAAGGAGAGAAGAUUGUGAAGUUUUGUCAGCCUGGACAGGAACGGGUGUCUCCAGUUAGUGAUAUAGAUAUUGGGAUCUACCAGCUGCAGCGCAGUGAGAAACUUCUAGGAGAGCGUGUGGAGAAACUGAGCCAGGAGGCUGACAGGUGCAAAGAGGAAGCAAGAAGUCUGCUGCGGGAAGGAAAGAAAUCACAGGCACUGCGGUGUUUGAGGGGCCGGAAGAGAGUGGAAAAGAGAGCUGACAGCUUGUUCGCACAACUGGAAACCAUCAGGGGAAUCCUGGAUAGAAUAGCCCAGUCGCAGACUGAUAAGAAGGUCAUGCAGGCGUACCAGGCUGGAGUGGCCGCUCUGAGGCUGUCGCUCAAAGACGUGACUGUUGAACACGCCGAGAGCCUGGUGGAUCAAAUACAGGAGUUAUGUGACACACAAGAUGAGGUGAAUCAAACCAUUUCCAGCGGCGUAACGGCUGCAGAUGAAGAUAUGGAUGAGCUGGAGAAAGAGCUGACAGCCUUGUUGGAAGAGCCAGAUGUGAGCCCUGCGGUUCUGCCUGCAGUUCCAACAAACCGCCUUGGUCCUACCGGUGAGCAGAUCCUCAGCUCUCUGCCCGCUGCGCCUCGUGGCCCCUUAAAUAUUUCCACCGAGGUGCUAGAGGAAGAUCUGAACCGUUUAACUCUAUCAGAACCAGGAUCUCCUCAGAGGAAGGUGACGUCGCCAGAGAAGAGAUUAGAGGCAGCACAGUGAUUUUCAUCGACAAGCCGAGGAGGAUGGCGGAGGCCUCUGGCGAAGGCGCCUGGAAUUCGACAUCCAAUUCAUUACAGGGCACUUUACUUCCUCUAAUAAAGAGAAAUACUGAGGAGGCAUGCAGAUUCUGACUAUUAUAGAUCUACUUUUAACUGUUAUAAUUGAAUAAGGAAGCUGCUGUGUAGCAUGACACAAGCUGGAAUGCUUUUAAAGGGGUUAAAGAAUGUCUAGUGUUUGUUUUUAUGUGGAUGCUGGUCUUAGAGUUCUGUGCAAUGAGCCAAGUGGCCUUUUGACCUCUGAAGAUGAACCUGUGUAACAGAACAUCAUGCCAAUGGAUUCAUUAUAACCACGUUUGUUUGGCUCCCAGGGAGAGUUAUCUCUAACAAUUGAAAAGCGUAUCCUAAGUGACUUUAACCAAAUAUGUUUAUCAAAAUAAAAUUUAUUUUAAUCACU